AUGGAUCAACACAGCGCAGACAACUGCAAGUGCCACAAGCAGUCGCUACCGGCACAGCAGUCCCUCACCGACAUGGACUUCGAUCGGGGCAUCUGGAAUGCGGCCAUCUACAAUGAAGUGGAUCGCGUGAAAGAGUUCAUUAAGAAGGGACAGUCCAUGGCACGGGACGACUGCGAUUAUACGGCUCUGCAUUAUGCGGCUCGCAAUGGAAACGAGAAAAUCUGCAAGCUGCUAAUCGACGAGGGCAAGGCAGAUGUGAAUGCGGUAACCAAGGCAGGGGCCACCGCUCUCCACCGAGCAGCCAUGAUGGGCCACUUGGACAUCGUAAAGUUGCUGGCGGAAAACAAGGCUAAUCUUCUGCUGCAGGAUGAGUGUGGGCAGAGUGCCCUACAUCGGGCGGCGCUGCGGGGCCAUUUAGAGGUGUGCCGCUUUCUGUUGCAGAAGGAGCCAGCGCUGAAGCUCGUCAAGGAUAAGAAAGACAAAUUCGCAUUUGAAUACAUUAUGGAGAACGCCAACGAUGACUUCAAGCUACUGCUGAAGCCCUAGGGCUCCUGGGAGGGCUAUUCGUUGCUCUUACCCUUCAUCAUUGAUGUAUUUAAAGUAGUUUAAGCACUAAAAAGUUGAAUUUUCUUUUAAAACUUCGUUUUGUUUAUUCCGUCAACAGUUUUGUCUAUAAAAUUACUCCCGACAUCGUUGUAAAAUCCUAAUCUAGAAAUUGCAUUCGUUUCCCUCGAGUUUGCAUUGUGUGUGAGAUCGUUUGUAUAUGAUGAAAGUUAUCUUAAUAUUGGCAUAGAAAAAUAUCCUAGUGCAUAAUUCAAAAUAUAAAUUAUCAAUACAGACUAAAAUGCCUAAUAAACAAACUAUUAAAGUGAUUUAGACAAAAGAACUAAAAACCUGUGCCCCAACAAGAUUAUCACACAAAAGUGGCUUUCGAAAACGCCGCAAUUGUGGGAGAACUUUGUUAAAAAAUUGUAUUGCAUUUUAAGAAAGUUAAUAUCACAUGAGUGUCGUGUAAAUUGUAAACUUGUGAAAUGUUACAGAAUUAAGGACAA